AGCAAGAAGGGGUUUUAAAAACAGAAACUGUAUGUCUGCUCCAGAAAUUAAUUAGGCACACUAAAAGAAGAGGCCAAUGGUGGCAAAUUCAAAAAGUCAGUGUAUUCUGCACUUCAUAUAUGUUCCGAUAUUUUUAUAUACACAUAUUGAUUCUGUUAAACCCGAUGCAUCUAGCUCGGAUCCACCAUUGGACUCAAGUGAGGACCAAGUACACAAAAAGAUUUUUUUGGUUAGAAAUUGGCUCCAUAAGGUGAUUGAUUUGUUGCUUCAAUCAGUUCCACACGUCUGUUAUAUCUCCGCGAAGUCAUUUCUGCAAAUAUAUACUAAUGUUAUCGUCUCAAUAUUUGGAUGGGAGAUCUGAUUACACUUGGAAAAUCAAAUAAAAUGAACUGUUUCUACAACUUUCACAGCAUAAAAAUGCUAACAACAUUCAUCCAUAAACUUACUUUCUUGUUUUGAUAACAGUGGUGUCCUGACCAACUUAGUAGUAUCAGGACCAACUUGGUGUACCUGUUUAAUUUACUCUUUAUCUGAUAUCUUCUACUAGCCUAGGUAUUCAAUAACUAUGUCUACCAAGGUUUAAGAAGAUGACUUCUUUUAUCUCUGUUGUAAUUUAAAUCCUGGUCUUCCAAAGACUUUCUAAACCACUGCUCCUUUCUUGCUUCUCUUCCUCAAAUAUAUUCUUACCUCUAAAAAUCUUCUUACUUCUCUAGUCCAAGAAGACAACCUAAAACAAACAUACAAACAUACAAACACAGAUACAAAAGUAUGGCCACCGGGAAGCAGCAAGAAGAUAUAGAGAAAAGCGAAAACAGGUUACAGGAAGAGAUGAGAGCUCCUCUCAUCAGUCAAACAAAUACAAGAGUAACAGAAGAGCAAGCAGAGAAUGGCUGCUGUGAGAAGAAGCAAAGCCGGUGCAUGGUUUACCUCAGCACAUUAGUGGCUGUCUGUGGUUCCUUUGCAUUUGGAUCUUGUGCUGGCUAUUCGUCACCAACACAGUCUGCAAUCAGCGAAGAUCUUAAUUUAUCUAUAGCAGAGUAUUCCCUCUUUGGUUCAAUAUUGACAUUUGGGGCGAUGAUUGGAGCAAUCACAAGUGGUCCAAUUGCCGAUUAUAUUGGCCGCAAAGGGGCAAUGAGAGUGUCGAGCGCUUUCUGUGUAGCUGGGUGGUUAGCCAUUUACUAUGCUCAGGGAGCUCUUUCUCUGGACAUUGGAAGAUUGGCAACAGGAUAUGGAAUGGGAGUUUUUUCUUACGCGGUGCCUGUAUUUAUAGCUGAAAUUGCACCUACAGACUUACGAGGAGCUUUAACAACGAUAAACCAGCUGAUGAUAUCUACUGGAGUCUCAGUUGCCUUCAUCAUAGGAACUAUGAUGACAUGGAGGACUUUGGCAUUAACAGGAUUAGUACCAUGUGCUGUUCUCCUUUUUGGUCUGUUCAUCAUUCCAGAGUCUCCUAGGUGGUUGGCGAAAAUAGGACAUCAAAAGGAGUUUGAAAUUGCAUUGCACAGACUUCGAGGCAAAAAUGCUGACAUAUCUGAGGAGGCGGCUGAAAUCCAGGAUUAUAUAAAAACCCUUGAAAAGCUUCCCAAAGCCAACUUGUUUGAUUUGUUUCAAAGAAGAUACAUGAGCUCAGUCAUAGUAGGAGUUGGCCUUAUGGUGUUUCAACAAUUUGGUGGAAUCAAUGGAGUCAUUUUCUACACUGGUAGCAUAUUUGAGUCCGCAGGAUUCCCCUCUGACAUCGGCACUAUAGUCUUUGCAAUUGUGAAGCUUCCCAUCAACGCAUUCGGUGCGGUCAUAAUUGACAGAGCUGGAAGAAAACCUCUUCUAUUGGUUUCUUCAACAGGACUUGUCAUCGGCUGUAUAUUAACAGGAAUCUCAUUCUAUCUGAAGGGACAUGAAAUUGCAGUAAAGGCAGCACCGAUACUUGCGUUAACAGGCACACUGGUCUAUAUCGGGGCCUUUUCAGCAGGCAUGGGAGCAAUUCCCUGGGUUGUAAUGUCGGAGAUAUAUCCUAUAAACAUUAAAGGGGCUGCUGGGAGUCUCGCAACACUAGUGAAUUGGUUUGGGGCAUGGGCUUGCUCUUACACUUUCAACUUCCUCAUGACCUGGAGCUCUUUUGGUACUUUCAUGCUUUAUGCUGCAGUCAAUGCACUCUCCAUUUUGUUUGUGAUCAAGAUAGUACCUGAAACCAAAGGAAGAACUUUGGAACAAAUCCAGGCUUCUAUUAAUUCAUGAUAAAGUACCUUAGAACCUUAGUUCAUCUUUCGAACUGAAAUUUAUUAAAUAGCCAGACAGAUAUCAGGAAACAUACUGUACUCAUUGAUUUAUAUUUCAGAAUCCUAGCAUUCUGCUCGCUUC